ACCAAAAAAGAACACAGCUGCGUCGUCCACUUCGCUUCGACUCUCUCUAUCUCUCUCCCUCUUCGAAAUUGUGGGCUCGAGGAGGCAGGCGAAGGUUUCCUUCCUAAGCCCUAGAUCCUUUUCCCCUUCCAAAGUUCUUCAUCUCUGCCGUCCUACAUUCUGACACGGAUCUUUUCUUCUUCGGUUCCCGGAUCUGCUCCAUGCGCGCUCGCGCUGCUUUCUGCCGUUCUCGCUUCUUCCGGGGGUCAUAGAUUUCGUCCCAUUUGGACACUGCCAUCAGAUCUGCACGUUUUACAUGGAGAAAGUUCGUAUCUUGAUCGCUUUGGUCUCUGCGAGCUGCGUAGCCUGGGGCGCAGGCGGCACUUCCGCGCUCUCGUCGGAUCUCAUCCACCGCUUCUCCGACGAGGCGCGUGCGGCCGUGGCGUCGCGUGGAGGGAUUCCCGGGUGGCCUAUCAGGCGGACCGUUGAGUAUUAUCGGAUCCUGGCGAGGAACGAUUUCCAGCGGCAGAGGCGGCGUCUCGGCACUCGUUAUCAAAUUUGGUUUCCAUCAGAUGGGAGUGAGACUGUGUCAUUCGGGAACGACUUCGGAUGGUUAUACUACACUUGGAUUAGUAUAGGGACACCUAAUGUGUCUUUUCUUGUUGCACUGGAUGCUGGAAGUGACUUGCUAUGGGUUCCUUGUGAUUGCGUUCAAUGUGCUCCAUUGUCUGGUUAUCCAAGUUUGGAUAAAGAUCUUAGCAUGUACAACCCAGCCAAAUCGAGAACCAGCAAAUAUCUCUCCUGCAAUAAUGAGCUUUGUAGUUCACAAUCAAGUUGUGAUAAUCCAGAAAACCCUUGCCCAUACAGUAUCAACUACAGUACAGAAAAUACAUCCAGUUCAGGUUUGUUGGUUGAGGAUAAAUUUCACAUGGCCUCAAGUGAGAAUCGAUUAUUGGUGAACGCUUCAGUCCUGAUAGGCUGUGGUAGGAUGCAAAGUGGUUAUUAUUUGGAUGGAGUUGCUCCUGAUGGCCUUCUUGGUUUGGGGUUUGGAGCUGUUUCAGUUCCAAGCUUUCUUGCAAGAACUGGAUUGAUACAUGAUUCUUUCUCUUUGUGUUUUCGGGAUGAUGAUUCUGGGAGAAUAUUGUUUGGAGACAAAGGCCCUUCAACUCAACAAUCUACGUCUUUUAUUACUGUGGAUGGAAAAAUCAAAACUUAUGCCAUUGCGGUGGAGAGUUUCUGCAUUGGAUCUCAUUGUCCUGUAAAUACCAACUUUCAUGCACUGGUUGAUAGUGGAUCUUCCUUCACCUUUCUCCCUGAUAGUAUAUACAAGAGAGUUGCUAUGGAGUUUGACAGACAAGUUAAUGUUUCAAGGAUUGCUACCAGUGGUGAAUCUACUUGGGAAUAUUGUUAUGAAGCCAGCCCUCUUGGGAUACCUGGUAUGCCGAAAGUGACAUUGAUUUUUGGUGGAAACAAGAGCUUUGUGGCUAUGAAUCCUAUUUAUCCUGUUUACACCAAAGAGGGGGAACUUGCUGCAUUUUGCUUGGCUCUACAGUCAUCACCAGAGUAUCUUGGAACAAUUGGCCAGAAUUUCAUGACAGGCUAUCAUAUGGUCUUCGAUAGAGAGAAUCUGAAGUUAGGAUGGUCCCAAUCUGAUUGUCAUGCUCUUGACAACAGCAGGCAGCUGCCCUUAGGUUCACCACCGCAUGACAGGCCAGAGAAUCCAUUGCCGACAAAUGAACAGUAUCGUUCCCCGCCGGGCACUAACACCAUCUCCCCUGCGGUCGCUGGACGGACGCCAACAGCUAACACGUCACCGGGUUCGGAAGACACGAAAGGCUGGUACUCUUUUUUGUUGCUGAUCGCUGUGUUUGCAAUUGGUUGAUGAUGCUUGAAAUGGAUGCUCCUUAAAUAGUGUUGUAAAUCUUGUUUUUAUUGUGCCUUCACGUGGUCCAAUGUGUUUUUUUGCUGUCAUUGGAAUUACUUUGUUGUGGUUAGUAUGCAUAUAUCUUCAUCCUUAUUCACACCUACA